CCUCAUCGCGGGCGGCAUCGCGGCGAUGGCGAAGGAUCGGCGGAGGGCGGUUCUGGAGCUGCUGCAGCGGCCUGGGAACACGCGCUGUGCGGACUGCGGCGCCCCGGAUCCCGACUGGGCGUCCUACACCCUGGGAGUAUUCAUCUGCCUGAGCUGCUCUGGAAUCCACCGGAACAUCCCCCAGGUCAGCAAGGUGAAGUCGGUCCGCCUGGACACCUGGGAUGAGGCCCAAGUGGAGUUAAUGGCCUCCCAUGGGAACGAUGCGGCGAGAGCCACGUUCGAGUCCAAAGUGCCCUCUUUCUACUACCGGCCCACGUCUUCUGACUGCCAAGUGCUGCGAGAGCAGUGGAUCCGGGCCAAGUACGAGCGGCAGGAGUUUAUCCACCCUGAGAAGCAGGAGCCCUACUCGGCAGGGUACCGCGAGGGCUUUCUCUGGAAGCGUGGCCGGGACAACGGGCAGUUUUUAAGUCGGAAGUUUGUGCUGACAGAACGAGAGGGUGCCCUUAAGUAUUUCAACAGAAACGACGCCAAGGAGCCCAAGGCCAUCAUGAAGAUCGAGCACCUCAAUGCUACCUUCCAGCCAGCCAAGAUCGGCCACCCCCAUGGCCUGCAGGUCACCUAUCUGAAGGACAACAGCACUCGUAACAUCUUCAUCUACCACGAGGACGGGAAGGAGAUCGUGGACUGGUUCAACGCACUCCGAGCUGCCCGCUUCCACUACCUGCAGGUGGCGUUCCCAGGGGCCAGCGAUGCAGAUUUGGUGCCGAAGCUCUCCAGGAAUUACUUGAAGGAAGGCUACAUGGAGAAAACUGGGCCCAAGCAAACAGAAGGCUUCCGGAAGCGCUGGUUCACCAUGGAUGACCGCAGGCUCAUGUACUUCAAAGAUCCCCUGGACGCCUUCGCCAGAGGUGAGGUAUUCAUUGGGAGCAAGGAGAGCGGCUACACGGUGCUGGAGGGGCUCCCACCGUCCACCCAGGGCCAUCACUGGCCACAUGGCAUCACCAUUGUCACACCUGACCGCAAGUUCCUGUUCACCUGCGAGACAGAAUUGGACCAGAGGGAGUGGGUGGAGGCGUUUCAGAAGGUGGUGGACAGGCCCAUGCUGCCUCAGGAGUACGCAGUGGAAGCCCACUUCAAGCAUAAACCCUAGCAAGAACUGGUCCGGAGGCCUGAGGACACUGGAUUCACUGAGACAUGGCUGGUGAGGAGGCAGCUGGACCGCGGGGGCCUGUGGACAGAAGCAGCUGGGCGUCCCAAGGAGGCCCUGGCUCAGUCUCCAUGCUGCUCCUCAGGGCAGCCCUGGGCAUGGCCAGGUGGGGCCUGAGCUUCAGCCACUAGGAUAUGUUUCUCUGGAACCUCAUCGCAAGCAGAUUCGGCCCUGGGCCUGGCCUGACCUCUGACCCCGUCAUGCCACUGCUGACCACGCCCAGCCGACCUGCUCUCCUCCCUGUCUCCUGGCCCUCUCGGCUCAGAAGCAGGCCCUAUUAAUUCUCCCUGCCACCUACCCCACCUAAGGGACUCCCUAGGCCUCAGAGCAGGAUCCCCACCGUGACCAGCAUGGCUGGGCUAGCGUGGACAGCGGGCAGCAGGUCUGGCCUGGCUUCUGGGGGCUUUGGGACUGGCCGCAUGCCUACCCCUCCCAUUCUGUCCUGCCCCGACUCAGCCCAGUAACCCUGGCUUGGGCCUCCCCUCCUCCCCCAAGUAUUUAUUGAGCACCUGUUUUGUCAGUCCUGGGGGCCUGUGAGCUAGAGUGGACACAGCCCUUCUCAUGGAGCUCACCUGGCCGGGGGUUGUUGGGGUUUUCUGGGCAGAGUAAGCUGUGUGCCAAGGUCUUGGCCCCCCAACCCUUGGCUAGAGCCUCCCCUGCAAUUGUGCUUCCGCCCCCCCUCCCCCAGGGGCCACGGCCAGGAGUGGGAAGGAGACACGGAAGGGUCAGCCAGGGGCUGCCAAGCGCUGCCUGGGGCGACCCAGCGACCUGCUGCCGGAGGCUGUGCGGCUGCCCGUCAGCUUGCUGGGCAUCUCCACAUGCCCAGCCUGGUGCUCAGCGCUGACCAGUGACCCAUAUCCACCGGCCCUGACCCUGAGGUCUUCAAACCCUUUGAAGAUAGUGGCCUGAGCCACUGUAAGGCCACCAGAGGCAGGAGUGGCCCUGCAGCCCAGCCCACACCUCUUCCAACCCCAACCCCUUCCUGGGGGAAGUUCAGGCAUCUCCCACCUGGACCCCAGCUUGCUGCUGGCAGGCCAGUAGUUAAAGCCAGCUUGUAUUUAUUUCUCACCUGAUCUCCUUCCAGGACGUCCGGCUCCAAGGGCUGGCCUUGCAUGGGACCCAUGCAGGAUGGGCCUGGUGGAGCGUGUCUGUGGGGGAUGCACCUGGCAGCCCCGGUCCUUACUCAGCUCUACCAAGCAGUGCCCAGGGGAGCCCUGGACAGGCCCUCAAGGGAACCAGGAGAGGGUUCCCUAGGCCAGGUGUCCUGCUGCCCUGUGUCACAUCCUGGAAUAAAGUGUGACUCUGG